AUGGGCAUCUGCAGCUCCUCGUGCUGCGGAGGCAAAUCCCGCGAUGCCCUCUACGAGAAUGUCCUCGCCGAGAAUGAGCGGGAGGCUGUCGCCGACCUCCUGGGGUACCUCGAAAAUCGCGCCGACACAAAUUUCUUUUCGGGCGAACCCCUCCGGGCCUUGAGCACACUUGUUUACUCGGACAACAUUGACCUUCAACGCAGCGCGAGUUUGACGUUUGCCGAAAUCACGGAGCGAGAUGUUCGCGCCGUUGACCCGGAUACGCUUAGCCCCAUUCUUUUUCUGCUCGAGAACUCCGACAUCGAAGUACAACGGGCAGCCAGUGCCGCACUGGGGAACCUUGCCGUUAACACCGACAACAAGGUCUUAAUCGUCCAGCUCGGCGGGUUGCAACCGCUCAUCAAGCAAAUGAUGUCGCCAAAUGUCGAGGUUCAGUGCAAUGCUGUCGGCUGCAUCACCAACUUGGCCACGCAUGAGGAUAACAAGGCAAAGAUCGCGAGGUCGGGCGCUCUGGGUCCUUUGACACGACUGGCCAAGUCUAAGGACAUGAGAGUGCAGAGAAAUGCGACCGGCGCGCUUCUCAACAUGACACACUCUGAUGAGAACCGCCAACAGCUUGUAAACGCUGGCGCCAUUCCCGUCCUAGUUCAACUCCUAUCCUCCGCAGAUGUCGAUGUGCAAUACUACUGCACGACUGCCCUGAGCAAUAUUGCCGUCGAUGCCAACAACAGGCGGCGAUUGGCCGAGUCCGAGCCUCGGCUUGUCCAGUAUCUCGUCAACUUGACCGAUUCAUCCUCACCGAAGGUUCAGUGCCAAGCUGCGCUGGCGCUCCGGAAUCUGGCGUCGGACGAGAAAUAUCAGCUUGAAAUCGUUCAUGCCCAUGGCCUCCCGCCGCUCCUCCGCCUUCUUCGCUCCUCGUACCUCCCGCUGAUUCUCUCCGCGGUCGCCUGCAUCCGCAACAUUUCUAUUCAUCCGCAGAAUGAGUCUCCGAUUAUCGAAGCCGGGUUUCUCAAGCCUCUCGUCGAUCUGCUUGGUUCCACAGACAAUGAGGAGAUUCAGUGCCACGCCAUCUCGACGCUCCGCAAUUUGGCCGCAAGCUCUGACCGCAACAAAUCUCUUGUUCUUGAGGCGGGCGCCGUCCAAAAAUGCAAGCAGCUUGUGCUCGAGGUUCCUGUUACAGUCCAAUCCGAGAUGACGGCUGCUAUUGCGGUUCUUGCCUUGAGUGACGAGCUCAAAACUCACCUUUUGGAACUUGGUGUCUUUGAAGUCUUGAUCCCCUUGACCAAGUCUCCCAGCGUAGAGGUCCAGGGCAACAGUGCUGCUGCGUUGGGUAACCUCUCUUCGAAAGUGGGCGACUACAGCAUCUUUGUCCAAAACUGGGCCGAGCCCAGUGACGGUAUCCACGGCUACCUCAGCAGGUUCCUCGCUAGCGGGGACGCCACUUUCCAGCAUAUAGCGAUCUGGACGUUGCUCCAACUGCUUGAAUCGGAGGAUAAGAAGCUCAUCGGUCUUAUUGGGAAGUCCGAUAGUGUGGUCGAUAUGAUCAAGCAGAUUGCCAACCGCCAGAUGGAGUCUGAAACCGAGGUCGAGGAUGACGACGAAGGGGAGGUGGUCAACCUGGCUCAGCGCUGCCUCGAACUCCUUGGCCAGGGCGCAUCGAAGAGUCACAUCGAAGGCUAA